GGUGAGCAGAAAAUAAUAAUAAAAAAUCCACAAAAGGAAUUGAAAGAAGAACACUACUCCGAUCAACAACGACAAGAACAAGGAAGGGAUUUUCAAUAGCUGCAAAAGUUGACUCUUCUUCUUCUUCUCCCUAAAUUGGAUUCUGGGUUUUCUCUUCUUAGGAAAAAGUCAGCAGAUUUGUUCUUAAUUUCUCGUGACAAUCAAUUUUCAGGACAUCGAAUUUAAACUUCCAUGGUGCGUUAUGCACAAAAACCCUAAAUGGGUGUGUCUCUUCUGAACCAAAAACAUCGUAAAGCUCAAACCUUUUCUACAUUCAUGGAACGUUCAUCAUCAGAUACUCAACCUCCCAACGACCACCACAUCAUUGACAUUCCAUCAUCCUCUUCUCACGAUAGAAUCUCCAACGUCUUAGAGCCUCUGCAACACGAAGAUGAGAGACCUUCCACUACUCCUCCCAUGUCUGUUCCUCAGCCAGCUACAGUUUCUUCGUCUUCCUCCUCAUCUAUGAGGUCAAAUCCUAGAAGCAGCAACCGUCGUAGAAGAAGUCCUUUGAAUUCUGGUCUUUGGAUCUCCAUUGAGCUGUUGCUCACUCUUGGCCAGAUCAUUGCAGCUAUUGUUGUUUUGUCUUUGUCUAAACAUGAGCAUCCACGUGCUCCUUUGUUUGCUUGGAUCGUUGGUUAUGCCUGUGGAUGCGUUGCGACGCUCCCGCUUUUGUAUUGGAGAUAUUAUCAUUCAAAUCAGGCUUCUGAACAGGAGAAUGGUCAGCAUCGUCCUAAUCUUAACGUUGCGGCUGGACCGUUUGCGUUUUCGAUAUCUAGGACUGCUGAAGGAGAUGGUAGACAGGGUAGCAACGCACCUUCUCGGAGUAGAUAUCAUGGGUUCAUAAGUGCUGCUAGGCUUAAGGUUAUUGUGGAAUACUUCAAAAUGGCACUGGAUUGCUUCUUUGCGGUGUGGUUUGUGGUAGGUAAUGUGUGGAUAUUCGGAGGGCAUUCAUCUGCAGCUGAGGCUCCUAACUUGUACAGGUUAUGCUUAGUGUUUCUUACCUUUAGCUGUAUUGGCUACGCCAUGCCUUUCAUCCUCUGCACAACAAUAUGUUGCUGCUUGCCGUGCAUUAUCUCAAUUCUCGGAUACAGAGAAGAUUUAACUCAACCCAGAGGCGCCACACCUGAAUCUAUAAAUGCAUUGCCGACGCAUAAGUUUAAGUUGAAGAAAAGUAGAAGUAGUAGCGAUGACAAUGGGUCAAGUACUGGCGAAGGUGGAGUUGUGGCAGCUGGAACAGAUAAGGAACGUGCGAUUUCAGGAGAGGACGCUGUGUGCUGCAUUUGCUUAGCGAAAUAUGCAAAUAACGAAGAGUUGAGAGAGCUACCAUGUUCACACUUCUUCCACAAAGAUUGCGUUGACAAAUGGCUUAAGAUCAAUGCCAGUUGCCCUCUUUGCAAGAGUGAAGUUGGGGAGAAGAACUCUGAUUUGACAAGCCAAGGGGUCUUAAACUCGCUCUCGUCUGGGGAGAAUGAUAACAAUCAACAACCGCAACAACCGCAACAACAACAACAACAACAGCAGCGGAAUGAACCACAUAGAGCUGAUAACGGUUUGGCCCACAGCGUUAUCUAGAUGUGUGACAUUUGCUCGAUGUUGGACAAAACAGUCGACGAAAGGCGUUUAUGCGUUGUACCUACACAUGAUAUGUUUUCGUCACAGAGUCUCACUGUGAAGAAAGGUGAAGGAAGAAACCGGCGAGGAAGCUCGUACGGUGUAAAUGCUUUUUUUGCGUUUGUAGUUUUGAAACCCUCUAAACACAUAGGAGAGUUCAAGAUUCAGUGAUUGAGUUUGAGUGUGUGCCAAAUACUUUGUUUUUUUCUUACUUUAUCCUCUGAAAUUAUUACGAGCUGAACCUUCAUACGAGAGCUAGGGUUCUUUCGAUUCCUUGUGCAGCUGUAUUGCCUUGUGAAGAGAGACUCUCGGCUCAAUAUCAAAAUAUCUUAUAUAGAAACCUUAUACUGGACCUUG